AUGCCAUCGCAAGGGUCGAUGCGUCCUGCAAAUCCCUUGAAACGACCUAGGCAAGACCCCGUAUCGUGCCAGUUCUGCCGGUCAAAGAAGCUCAAAUGCGACCGUCAACAACCAUGUUCAAAUUGUGCAACGAGGGGCCUGCUCUGUCACGGGCCGCCUCUGUCACAGUCUCGAGCUACCCCUCUUCCAGAGGAUGCUAACAAUGCCUCGAUCCUGGCCAGAUUAAAACGGCUGGAGGACAUUGUCAUCGGUUCCUCCGGGCAGGCUGCACCAGAUGUGCCGAGCGCGCUGCCAACGAGGGCGAACUCGACCUUGGCCUGUCUAUCUCCGGCUUCCGAGUACGAGGAGGCGCUUCACAACCUGGAAGAAACUGCUACUGGGGAGGAGAAUUGGAUUCCAUCUGGAACUCGAGACCUUGAGUUUCAAAUAUUAUCGGCACAGCAAAUGUCGCAUGCGCCUGGCGUGUAUCAAAGCCUCUCUGCAAAGCUUCCGCAUUUCCAAUCACCCCUGAAGUCAGUCUUCCUCCCACCGAAAGACGAGGCUUCCAGGUUACUGGACUACUAUGUCAAAUACGUUGAUGAACUUCAACAUGUUGUCUUUAUGCCCCAAGUACGCAAGCUCAUGGAUACGCUAUAUGCGAACGUGGACCAAGGGCUUCCGGUUGGCCCCAGCCAUGUUGCUCUCGUCCUGACUAUUUUGGCGAGCUCUGCCUCCCUAUCUUAUCACCAUUCUGGCGAUGGCGUUAUUCUCUUUCCACCAUCGGUGGCCGUCCAUGCGUCUUUGGUAUGGGCUAACUCUGCCCUUGAGGUUCUGGAAUAUUCUCGGCGCACCACGGCUGGUGGGCUGGAAGACGUUCAAGCUAGUAUUCUCAUGGCUUUUCUGCUGUUUCACGUCGAAGGCUUCUCCUCAAGAUCACGCCGUUUGUUUGCUGGAGCCAUCUCAACGGCCCGCGACAUAGGCAUGCACAGACUUGACGCAACUCCUGGCCAGUCAGCAGACUCGAAAAAAUCAGUCGACCCCGUGGACGUUGAGAUCCAGCGACGUGUUUGGUGGCAUGUUGUUGCCACUGACUGGUUGCUUGGUCUGUGUGGAGGGCCUCAAGAAGGCACGUAUUUUGUGCAGCCUAACCAUUUUCGGGUCAACCUGCCGCGGAACAUCGACGACAAAGGCCUCAUCUACGGGCGUUCUCUGGUGGAGGAACCACUGUCGAAACCAACAACCAUGUCCUACUAUAUACAACGGAUUAAACUCGCUGAUAUUUGUCGCCGCGUUGUCGAUUUAAUGCCCCUGUCAGGCGUUUCUACGAGUGUGGAUUAUCAGCAGAUCAUUGCCCUGGACGCAAAGUUCCAGGCAUUCUUUGAUGAACUACCCACCUUCCUGAAGGUGGAUGAGAAGAGUCGCCAUGAGACAGAGGAGAUCAUGUGCCAUUCCCCCCAACUUAAAAUCCAACGCUACGCUCUAGGGAUGAUAGCUCGAACAAGGCGAUGCAAAUUGCACCAGCCGUUCCUCAUUCGCCGCUCUGUUGAGAGCCAUUAUACUUAUUCACGAGACAUAUCAAUCAACUCGGCGCGCUGCGUCAUCCGUCUCAAGAGGCAGGUCGAAAAGGAGCUUGAUUCUGUUUAUGUCGUCAAUGUCAAACUACAUGGAGUCGUGUACCAUGUCUUUAUGGCAACGAUUGUGCUGGUAAUGGACCUUUGUUUCAACAAGAACGAAGGUAACGACGAUGUUCGGAAAUCUGAAGUCGCAGAGGCUUGUACCAUUCUGGAAGAAGCAGCAAGUCAGUCUUGCCUGGCCAGGGAGUUCCUCCAGUCACUCAUGGAUAUCAUGCGAAAGCAUAAAGUCCACCUGCAUCACCAAUCAGGAGAGGCUGCGGAAGAUCCGCACCCGGGGCAGGGCCUUCCAGGGUCUGAAAUUCCAGACAUUGCGAAAGUAACAGAACCUGAGGAGACUCGAUUAUUGCACAGCUUUUUCCCGCCACAGGACAAUUCUCAAAACUACCUAUCAGAUUUCGAUGCCAUCUGGAAGGACUAUGUUGAACUAGGACCUAACAUGGACGUGCCGGAAUGGGACAAUCUUUUCUCUGAAUUGACUCAAGGCUCCCAGAUCCCAUGA